AUGCCUCCUUCACCUCGCACAGCCAGUACCGCCCACACCCCACUACCCACAGAAGCUUUUCCAACUCCACCCCCGCUGUCGUCACCGUCCGCAUUGUCAACAUCAACAUCCAAACUCCGACUGUUGAUCCUCGAGCCAUCGCGUUCUUCUGCUCUACCGGAACCCCGUUCUUCACCUAGCGCCAGAUACUUAGCAUCCUCGCCACCAAGCCAGGCACCAUCUCUCAUCCCAUCCCUUCUCCAAGCAUUAACCGGUGAAGCUCCACCUCCCCAAGUCUCAUCCCAUGAUGGUUUGGAUGACCCGACGGAGCGAGUGUCCCUGGCGGGAUAUACGAGCCACCCGCCUUUCAGGGUCCGGACCAGGUAUUUCGACACGAAGGUUGGUUUAUGGUGUGAUGAGGUGCCUUUACCAUUGGCAGCGUCUCGCAGCAAGCCGGGGAGUCUAAGGAGAGUUGGGAGUGAAGACGUAGGCGAAAGUGUCUCAGCGCAUCAGCAUGGAGAUUUAGGGGUAAGUGGGCCGAAAGUGGAAGGGGAGGAGGGGAUGAAGGGGGAAGAAGUCGCGGAGCCAACGACACAAACAUGGCUCACUCAAAUGCUCACUCCUGAACCGGAAGCGAUGGAAGUGAGAGGGGUUAUUGGGGCUAUCGUCCUGGUAAUGCCUGUACCAGACGCUUUGGAACCAAAUACAGCCUCCUUGUCACCAGCAACAGACCCUGAGCUAGGUUACGGUGACGAUGAAAAUGAGCUUCCGCAGCUAACAGGCCAAAGCGCCUGGAAGUUGAAGCCAGAGUAUCUAGACAUCAUCGAAGCUGUCAACACCCUACGCUCAACCAUUGAGGACGAGAGAGCCGGACAAGACGGCGACGUUGGCGCCGUUAUCCUCCUCCAGGGCUCGAUACCCAACUCCACUACGACUCCGAGUCCACAGGGAACCAGGCCAGUUCUGCCCGCAUCCGCCGCUGCUUACGACACCGAGAGACACCGUGCAGACGCACUGGUAGACGCAGUAGAAGACCAACUCCUUACCGACAGGGCCGUCCUGGGCUGGGACAUCAUUGCCUGGAACGGCGUUUCCAAGUCUCCUCUGCCUCCCACCAAUACCGAAGCAGCAGCAGCAGUAGUCCAAACAGCCGAUGAAGCCACAGACGAAGCACGCAACCUCUACGGCGAGAAAACCGGCCUCCCCCGCCUGCACGAACUCCUGCACAAUAUCGACUGGAGUGCGCUUCCUCCUCCUCAUAAUUCUUCAUCACCACCACCAUCACCACCACCUACCGCUUCUCCCCAUGACCGUAACAGAAAACCCACAUCAGACCCGGACCUCGACCUCGACCCGGACCUAGACCUAGACGCGCGCCUCCUCUCUCCUGACGAGCCGUAUGAUUCCAAGAACCGCCUUAUGAAUUGGAAACCCGCACACCCUGACGCCGCGGGUCUGGAAGCGGAGGAAGAGGAGGAAGAGGAAGAAGAAUUCCAAGUCGAACAGCUACAGGGUCUGCUGCAGCAGGCGAUGGCGAUCAGGGAGGCGGGCAGGGAGAUGGAGAGCGGGGAGAGGGAGCGGUAUGCGCGGAGGAUGGUGGGGCGCUUGAUGGCGGAUCUGUGA